CCGUAUUUCUUUUCUGUGUGGUCUUUUGCAAGCAGAAACUCUUUUUGCUUGGGAUGAGGGUCGGCUUGUGCAAAUCCGUUUCCCAAUGGGUUUAUUCGUCUCUUGCUGCUGGAAGUAGACUGAGGUAGCCCCUGGGCCCACUUCCGGCGUGUGAUGAAAUAAUGAGAGGAGGGUGGGAAACGGGAGACUGGAAAACGAGUUCAGCUCCUGUGGUGAUAGUUCAGAGCCUGCUAGCUUCAUUUGAGAGGCCAUGCAAAUAUCCAGAGCUGUGAAGGAGAAAAUAUGUGUGUGAAGUCGGAAGUGUGAGCGCUGUGAAAUGGAACAUUACGUAUGGAAAAGCACCUUGCUGUGACAAGCUUUAUACUUGCCGCCUGUGUCAUGAUAACAAUGAAGAUCAUCAACUAGAUCGAUUUAAAGUAAAGGAAGUGCAGUGUAUAAACUGUGAAAAGAUUCAACAUGCCCAGCAGACUUGUGAAGAGUGUAGUACAUUGUUUGGAGAAUAUUAUUGCAAUAUAUGCCACUUGUUCGACAAAGAUAAGAAGCAAUAUCAUUGUGAAAACUGUGGAAUUUGAUUGGCCCAAAGGAAGAUUUUUUCCACUGUUUGAAAUGUAAUUUAUGCCUAGCCAUGAAUCUUCAAGGAAAACAUAAGUGUAUUGAAAAUGUUUCCCGGCAGAAUUGCCCAAUAUGCUUGGAGGACAUUCACACGUCCCGUGUUGUGGCUCACGUCUUGCCAUGUGGACAUCUCUUACAUAGAACGUGUUAUGAAGAAAUGUUGAAAGAAGGCUACCGAUGCCCAUUGUGUAUGCACUCUGCUUUAGAUAUGACCAGGUACUGGAGGCAGCUGGAUGAUGAGGUGGCACAGACUCCAAUGCCCUCCGAGUAUCAGAACAUGACUGUGGAUAUUCUCUGCAAUGACUGUAAUGGACGAUCCACAGUCCAGUUCCAUAUUUUAGGCAUGAAAUGUAAGAUUUGUGACUCCUACAAUACUGCUCAAGCUGGAGGACGUAGAAUUUCACUGGAUCACCAGUGACCCAUUUACGCUUCACUGCCAAACCCAACAUUUUCUGAUACACAAGUGGCAUUCGUUAGCAUUCUGUUGUCAUCAUGUAUCAUAAUCUAUGCAUUAGAGUUGAUGUGCUUUGUACCAGAGUCACAGCAUACAAUCAAUCAUAUUACAAGUACUUUAAAGAAUUCAGGGUCUCUAUAGAGUUAUCAUAGCUAUGUCUUGGAUAAAGGCCUUGUCCUUGUGUUUUGAUUGGAAAAUCUUUUAAUGUCAGUUGUGGAAAUCAAUGUUUGCCACUGCUAAUCACAUUCAUAGAAAUAUGUACUAUUUUAAUGGGAUUUUAAGUGGUACUAUGUGCACAAAGUUCAUUUCUAGUUGUUUCUAGAACUGCACUUAAUUUUCAGUAGUAUUCUUGACUUUAGAGGCUAUGUUAUAAUAAAUUCUACCUUAUUAAAAUCUUAAUUAUAUAUGUUUUAAAAUUUUCUAAGACAGUCCUUUGGAGUCUAUAAAUGAAUUUUGAUGUAAUAACUGCUAAUAAAAUUAUAUUAAACAUUUAUAGAAAGCUU